UAUAAUUUGUAGUGUGUGCACACUGGUCAUUAGAUUGUUUUUAUAAAAAUUGACGUGUCAGAUAAAUACAAGUGAAAAUAGAGCAAAACAUAUUGAACACGUCGUUUAACCAAGCAGCGAGUGGAUGGAGUUCCUGAAGAGUGGCAUCAAGACCGUGCUGGGCGGCACUGAGCCGGGCCAGCAGCCAAGUGCAGCCGAAACGGUUGAGAAGCUGGUGGAUCGAGUUUUCUCCUCGACAUUAUUGGAGGAUCGUCGCGACGCAUGCCGGGCACUGAAGGCGCUCUCCCGCAAAUAUCGCAUUGAGGUGGGCGCCCAAGGUAUGCCACCGCUGGUGCAGGUACUGCAAAACGAUGGCCAGGAUGCGGAAAUCAUUAGUUAUGCCCUGGAUACGCUCUGCAAUAUUGUGACCAGUGAGGAGUUCGAUGAGGAGGCGGACAAUCCGGCUGUAUCGGUGAAUGUGGGCGAACAGUUCACCGAGAUGUUCAUCAAGAGUCCGGAGCAUGUUACUCUGGUCAUGGGCUAUUUGGAUGAGUAUGAUUUUCGUGUACGCCGUGCGGCAAUUCAAUUAAUCACCUCUUUGAUUGCGAACAAGACACGAGAAUUGCAGGAACUUGUCCUGGUCAGUCCCAUGGGCGUGUCCAAGCUGAUGGAUCUGCUCACCGACAGUCGUGAGGUCAUUCGCAAUGAUGUGCUCCUGCUCCUAAUCGAACUGACCAAGGGGAAUUCCAAUAUACAGAAGAUUGUGGCCUUUGAGAAUGCUUUUGAUCGUCUCUUUGACAUUGUCAGGGAGGAAGGCUGCUCCGAUGGUGGCAUUGUCGUGGAGGAUUGCCUCAUCCUGCUGCUGAAUCUGCUCAAGAAUAACUCGAGCAAUCAGCAGUUCUUCAAGGAGGGCUCCUAUAUACAGCGUCUGGCGCCCAUGUUCAUACUGAACAGCUCCAAUGCCAGUGAUCUCGAGGACAGCGCCUGGACACCGCAAAAGGUGUCCAAUUUCCAUUGCCUGGUGCAGGUGGUGCGUGCUCUGGUCACGCCCAGCAAUCAGCAGCAGGUGGUCAGCGCCUGUCAGCGUGUCAUGCAAAAGUCGCAGCUACUCCAGGCACUCUGUGACAUCCUCAUGAGCAGCGGCGUGCCGGCGGACAUACUCACGGAGACCAUUAAUGCGGUGGCGGAGGUGGUGCGCGGUGAUCGCGAGAAUCAGGAUGAGCUGAGUCGUGUCUUGGCGCCCAGUCAGCCACCACGUCCGGCCAUUGUGGUGCUGCUCAUGUCCAUGAUCAAUGAGAAGCAACUGUUGGCUCUACGCUGUGCCGUGCUCUAUUGCUUUGAGUGCUUCCUGUAUCGCAACUCGGAUGGACAACGUGCUGUGGUCCAGACACUGCUGCCCUCCAGUGCCACGGAUGUGAGUUCGCUGUCCACGGGUCAGCUGCUCUGCACGGGUCUCUUCUCCACGGAUACGCUGGCCAAUUGGUUCAGCGCCGUGGCCAUUAUGCACACUCUCGUGGAGAAUGUGGCCCAGAAGGAGGAGCUGCUGCGUGUGCUGUUGGCCACACCGGGUGGACAGCGUCCCAUCACCUUGCUGGAGCAGUGCACCAAUCUGAUGCAACAGGAACGCUAUCGGCUGCAGAGUAAAGUGGGUCUACUGAUGCUGCUCAGCGUUUGGUUGGCCCAUUGUCCGGCUGCGGUCAAGGCGCUGCUGGAGACGCAGGGCACCAUGGCCUAUUUGACCGCCCAGCUGUGCGCCAAUGAGCACGACGAGCGCGAGUAUCUGGUGCAGGGCAUGUGCGCCUUUCUCAUGGGUCUGUGCAUCCAGUUCAAUGACAACUCGCUGCCCAAUCAGCGGCGCGAGGACAUCAGCCAGCUGAUCAUCAAGCGCAUUGGCCAGGAGACCUUCUGCAACAAGCUGAACGAGGUGUCCCGCCAUGAGGCGUAUAGUCGUGCCUGCAAGCAGGCACAGAUCCGUGCCAAGGGCGCCAGCGAGUUGUUGCUGGACUAUGAGUACUGCAAGCUCUACAAGGGAUUGGAGGCGUUGAUAGCGAAGCUGGUGAGCGGCUUUGAUGUGGAUGGCAUUGAGCUGACCGAGCUGACGCUCAGCUCGGAGGCAUCCGCAUUGGUGGCACAAUACAAGGGCAUCAUUCGCGGCAUGGAUGCACAGAUUCAGACACUGCAGCAAUCCACCAAAGAGCUGGAGCAGCAGAACACGGAGCUAAAGCAGCAGCUGGAACAGGAGCAAUCGCUCAAAUGCCAGCUGGCCGAUCAGAACACCUUGCUCAAGGCUCAGCUGACGGCGACAGCAGCAGCUCCAGAGGCACAACUGAAUGGACAAGCAGGAGCAGGAGGAGCAGUUGAAGUUGGAGGCGUAGGCGGAGGCGGAGCAGUGCCCGCCAAUGAUGAGGAACUGAAUGCGGCACGUUAUCAGGCCAACAUGUAUUUUGCGGAGAACAUACGGCUAACCAAGGAGCUGGAGACGCUGCGUCAACAGCUGUCAACGGAGAAACAACGAGCGGAGGCGGCAAAUGAAACGCUGCUGGCCACGCAAAAGGAUCAGGAGGAUCUGCUCGAAUUGCUGGCGGAUCAGGAGGCCAAACUGGCGCACUAUGAAACCCAAAUCCAAACCCAAACACAGACACAGUUGACAAGUGAAGCAGCCAAUAGAUAACUUGGAUAGAUAACAAAGCGAUAGAGUUUAAUUAUAUAUUGUAUUAAGAUACACACCAGACACACACACAUGUAUAUCAAUGUGUGUGUGUGUGUAUGCGUAGAGUGUGCGAAGUGUGUGUGUGUGUGUGUGGAAAGCUCGACUCAACGCCAACUGCCCCAAAAUGUAUACAUACAUUCUUAUUGUUUUUACUUUAUAUAUAGAUAUCUAUAGAAAUAUAUAUAGAAAUGUAUCUGAUUGUUUCAGCAAUUUAUAUGUUUCAAAUUUCAAUUUAUUCUACAAAAAAUGUGUAGACAAUUGAAGAAUUCCACACGAAAAUGAAGAGAGUUGUUGAUAUACAAAUAUAUAUAUAUAUAACAUAUAUACAUAAUAUAUGCGAUUCGUUCUGUUUUUAGAUGAUUUGUAACAUUUUUCAUCUGUCUGGCGGUAGAUUAUCUACAGAAAUUCAAAAUAAAAUUGAAUGCAAUAAAAAACAAAUUAUAAAGCGUA